AUGGCCAACAAGCUGGUCUCGGACAUGUGCCUGCCUCCCCACCUCGCCCACCUCCUCGCCGCCCGCCGCCUCACCACGGCAAAGGACGUGCUCUCGCUGCCGGAGGUGGAGCUCAUGUCCCUGCUGGACGCGGGCCUCGCCACGGCCCGCGACGCCGUCUGCCACGUCAGCGAGUUCGCCUGCCCUCCCUGCCAGACGGCGCUCGCGCUACUGGAUGAGCGGGUGCGGCUGGGGGGCGGCGGCCGGCUGGCCACCACGCUCUGCGGGCUGGAUGAGGCGCUGGGGGGAGGUAUCCCCCUGGGCAAGCUCACCGAGGUCGUCGGGCCCUCGGGGAUCGGCAAGACGCAGUUUUGUCUGAAGCUUGCGCUGUUAGCAACGUUACCAGAAUGCUAUGGGGGCCUAAACGGUCGAGUUGUGUAUAUUGACACUGAAUCCAAGUUCUCUUCACGGAGGAUGAUCGAGAUAUGUCAGAAAAGCUUUCCUCAAAUAUUUAGGCAAGAAGGCUUAGCACAAAAGAUGGCUGGCAGGAUCCUAGUGAUGCGACCAGCAUCAUUAUCUGAUUUCACAAAGAGUUUGGAACAGAUGAAGGUGACUCUCCUCCAAAAUGAUGUGAAGUUACUCAUUGUUGAUAGCGUGGCUGCUUUCAUGUCAUCGGAGAACGAAAGAGGUACAACAGGUUUCACACAACACCCUCUAAGAUGGGCUCUUUCAUUUCUUAAGUCUAUAGCAGAGUUGACAAGAAUUCCAGUUGUAGUUUCAAACCAGGUCCGCAGCCAAAGUAAUGAUGAUGGUUAUCAUUACUCGUUUGAAGUAAAAAGGAUGGGUGAUGGCGAUGGUGCUGAAAGACUCGAAUCUCAUCUUGUUGCUGCUCUUGGAAUCCAGUGGGCUCAUGCUGUAACUAUCCGUCUAGUCUUCGAGUCUCACUCAGGUCAGAGGUUCAUCAAGGUGGCGAAAUCACCCAUGUCUCCAGCAGUAGCAUUUCCUUUCAUUGUGGAAUCAUCAGGCAUUACAUUACUAAAUGAUGAAGGCAUUGAUGUGUCAGGUCCUGAGAUAACCUCGAUUCGCUGUCAAGGGCAAAAUUUGUUGGGUCCGUUACCACUUGAAAACUGA